AGGCAUUAAUUGCAUCACCGUUCCUUUCUCUACCUUCUUCCUCCUUCCCCCGCCCACCUGCAUGCUGGGUCGCGAGCCCACAGCGCGCCGUAUUGUCUCUUCGUCUCUGGCAUCCUAUUCGCUCCUUUGUCUGGUCAGAUGUUGUAUCUGACAUCGGACCUAUUUCCUGUCUUUGUACCUUUUGGGCUUAUUGGGUUCUAUCGUUAUUUCUGGUACCUCAUCCGUUUCUCCGCGUUCGUUGUCUACCGUCCUGUGCCCCUUCCCGAAAAUCCAACAUAUAUCGCCUCGGAAGAUGUCACCAUCAUCGUGCCAACGAUAGACGCAGGGGAGGAGUUCAAGGAUGCGGCGCGCAGCUGGCUCGUAGGCAAUCCCAAGGAAAUUCUCAUCAUCACCGAAGAGAAAAUGUUCGGCCCAUUACAGGAACUCGCUAAUGCUGUCGACCCUUCGCGAAUACACGUCCUAACGGUGCCAUUCGCUAAUAAGCGGUUACAGAUGAGCCACGGUAUCAAGAACACGACCACGGACAUCAUCGUCUUCGCCGACGACGAUGCGAUAUGGCCUCCCACGUUGCUUCCUUACGUCCUUGCAUGCUUCGAGGAUCAGAAAGUCGGCGGCGUCGGUACCAGCCAGAGGGUACAAGCCGUGGGCCCCAAGAUGACGGUGUGGGAGGUUCUCGCAGCAUUUCGGCUCACAAUCCGUAAUAUUGAAAUUUCGUCUUCCACGCACAUCGAUGGUGGCAUUCCUUGUCUGUCAGGUCGGACCGCCGCUUAUCGGACCAUCAUUCUUAAAGAUCCAGAGUUUCUCCAUGGCUUCACACAUGACUAUUGGUUGGGCAAGUACCAGCUCAACUCGGGCGACGACAAGUUCUUGACUCGGUGGAUGGUGAGCCAUGGAUGGAGCACGUACGUGCAGUGCUGUAGGGAAGCCGAGCUGCUUAGCACGAUGAAGCCUAACUGGCGGUUCCUGAAGCAAGUAUUGAGGUGGACCAGGAACACUUGGCGUUCCGAUCUCCGGAGCCUGUUCACGGAGCGAUAUAUCUGGACAUCGCAUCCAUAUGUAGCUUAUACCAUGGUGGACAAGUUGUUCAAUCCUUUCACGCUACUGGUGGGCCCAUGCCUAGUAGGGUAUGUUAUUUACAAGAGUACUAUACCCGUCGACCAGGGGGGAUAUCAUUUACCGUGGUGGAACGUCCUUGCUUCGUACGUCGUCUGGUUGUUUGCCACACGAACGGCAAAGCUCCUUCCGCAUCUAUGGAAUAACCCAGAACACAUCAUCUACGUGCCGGCUUUCAUCGUCUUUGGCUACUAUUUCGCGAUAAUGAAGCUCUAUGCUCUUUGUACGCUUCACGAGGUUAACUCGUAACUCGUACUCUGUGGGUUGUAAUUUAAUAAAUUACGAAAUUCGGCGUGCUACGCGAUCGUCGUGAAGAUCCCUUUAGGGUGGGCAGGGUGGUCAGGGCGUGCGGGCCUGAGGGGUUCUUGAUUGCCGGGUUCUUUUUUUUCGCGGUUUUGAUGAGGGGAAAGGAAUCCUGUUCGUUCUGGGGGGGGGGGGGGGGGGGGG